UCUUUCUUCUUUCUUCUUUCCCAUCGCAAACGCAUGCAGCAAUUCACCAUUCAAAAUUCAGCCUUCUCAAAAAUUGCCCAGUCGAUUCAAGUAUAUUGAUAUAGUAGAAAAUUUUACUCUCUCUCUCUGUAUUGAUCCUGAUUCCUUGUGUAAAAUGGGGAAAUGGAGGGGCAAUCGCCAUCUAGGAAUGAGAUAUUCUACAAUAGUUUUAGCGCUAUCGAUGUUGUUAAUGGCUACGGUGUUGCUAUUAAUGGUGCUCGAACUUGGAAUACCUGUUCCUGCUGGCCCGGAAGAGGAGUCAUCGCCGAUCAGACUUAAGCGCAUGAUUUUAGACAGUAGCAAUGGGGGUGAAGGAUUGGGGGAAAGAGGAGAACAGAGGACGGAGGUCGUGUCGUGGGAGCCUAGAGCUUUCAUCUACCACAAUUUUUUGUCUAAGGAAGAGUGUGAGUAUUUGAUAAAUCGUGCCACACCUCACAUGGUGAAAUCAACGGUUGUCGAUAGCGAAACUGGGAAGAGUGUAGAUAGCAGGUUCGUUUUUAAAGCUAUCAUCCCUAGUUGUGUUUCCCAUUUGUGUUUCAUAACAACUGUUCUAUCUAUCCUGUUAUUGACUCUGAGAUGCAAAGGAAAAACGACUUCAUUUCUCAGCGUUCGUACAAGUUAUGGAACGUUUUUCAAAAGAGGACAAGACAAAGUAAUCAGAGCUAUUGAAAAAAGAAUAGCAGACUACACGUUGAUACCUGUAGCAGAGCAUGGAGAAGGUCUACACGUUCUGCACUAUAAAGUGGGGCAAAAAUACAACCCUCAUUUUGACUACUUUGUUGAUGAAUUCAACACACGAAAUGGGGGUCAGCGAAUCGCAACCCUUCUUAUGUACUUGUCAGAUGUUGAAGAAGGCGGUGAGACAGUCUUUCCGGCAGCCAAGGGAAAUAUUAGCUCCGUAGCUGGUUGGAAUGGGAUGUCGGAGUGUGCAAAGAAAGGGGUUUCUGUAAAACCGAAAAUGGGCGAUGCACUGCUUUUCUGGAGCAUGCACCCUGAUGCCACUCUAGACCCUUCAAGCUUGCACGGAUCUUGCCCAGUUAUAAAAGGGGACAAGUGGUCAUGUACAAAGUGGAUGCAUGCUGGUGAAUACAAAAUUUAGGAAUGCGAGUGUAAUACAUUUAUACUAUACAUCAUAGCAUUUUUGUUAUUCACAAUUGUUUAUGUUUUUUUCCUUAUAAAGUAACGGAUCCUUUUAGAUUUUAGCA